AGACGAGUUCCCCUCCCCCACCCAAGUCAUCUUUCCCUCAAUAAAAAGGAUUUCUUUCAACGUUUGAACUAAUAUUGUACUGUCAAUAGUCUCGGAAGAUAUACUACUGAAACAACACAGGCAACAAUUCCUGUCACCACCAGAGGGAUGGAAUCUGCACCGUCACCAGCGCAGGGUGUUGGCCCUGUAUACAGGCCCGAUGGUGAAAAACCCACAGCAACUGUUUCCAAGGAGAUGGGCUACGAAAACGUCCACGUUCUACCUCAAACACCCCAAUUGAUUGCUCUCCUGACUAUGAUCAGAGAUGAGAAAACUGUACGAGCAGACUUUAUCUUCUAUUCCAAUCGGAUCAUUCGCCUUCUCGUGGAAGAAGGUUUGAACCACCUUCCAGUGGUGGAACGGUCUGUCACUACACCCGUUGGCCGUGCCUAUCUAGGCGUCAAGUUCGAGGGGAAGAUAUGUGGAGUCUCAAUAAUGAGAGCAGGGGAGGCGAUGGAGCAGGGCCUAAGAGACUGUUGCCGAUCUGUCCGAAUCGGAAAGAUCUUGAUACAAAGGGAUGAGGAGACAUGCCAACCCAAACUCUUCUAUGAGAAGCUACCUGCAGAUAUCUCGAAGCGAUGGGUUUUGCUUCUUGACCCGAUGUUCGCGACCGGCGGCUCCGCGACACUAGCCGUCGAGACCCUGAAAGCAAAGGGUGUGCCAGAAGAUCGUAUUCUGUUUCUCAACCUUAUUGCAAGCCCGUCAGGGGUUGCAGAUUUUGCUAAGCGAUUCCCUAAGUUAAGAGUUGUAACUGCAUUUAUUGACCAGGGUUUGGACGACAAGAAAUAUAUCAUUCCUGGCCUUGGCGAUUUCGGGGAUCGUUAUUAUACCCUUUGA